AUGUUGUCCGAAAAUCAAAGUUCAUCGGAUAAUGCCGAAGGAAGUGGUACCUUAAUUCAUCAUGAACAAUCCGAAGAAACUUUGAACCUUGAUGAUGUUGGUUCAACGGAAAUGAACAAACUUCAUGAUCCCCAACAACCUUCACAAUCUGAAUCAACCACCAAUGCAGAACCUGAUACAAUUAAAGGAGGAUUAUUUAAAGGAAUUAAAACUUUCUUUGUCAAAGAAGUUGAGGAAGUUUCAAAUGUACCAAGCGUUAAAGUUACUUUUCAUGUCCAUCUACCCUCGUUUGAAUAUGUGGAAGGUUACCCGGUUAUCGUUGGUAACAUUGAAGAAUUAGGUAAUUGGGUAGAACCAAUUGUUAAAUUAAAGCAAUUAAAAAGUGAACGUGAAUACAUGCACUCCAAUCAUAGUCAUUGGUACUCGGAUCCCAUUUCAAUACAAAAUGAUAGAUUUGAGAAUGAGGUUAGGUAUAGAUAUGCGUUCUUUGUUCCGAAACCAAAACCCGAGGAAAAAUCAAAAGGAAUUGCUUCUAUGUUUAAAAAAGGUGACAAAUCUAAGGAUGAUGAAAAGGACAAGGGUGAACCUGCUGAUAAAAAGAAGAAAGGUAAGGAUAGUGAAAAGGACAAGGGUGAAACCGCUGGUAUAAAGAAAAAAGGCAAGGAUGGUGAAAAUGACAAAAUUGAAUCUACUUCUAAAGAUGAUAAAAAGAAUAAAACUGAAUCCAAUUCGAGGGAUGGUGGAAACGACGAUCUCGAAAAUGAGGCUGCUUAUACUCAGGCCGACAAUGCGUCAACAACGGAUGAUCCUACGGCACAAGAAGUGCAUGAUAACAUUGAGGAUCAAAAAAAUAAAGAAACGAAAGCGGAUAAGAAGAAUAGAGAUACAAGGAAUAAAGAAGAAGGAGAUCUUUAUGUUGAAGUUGAAGGUGAAUCACCAAGAAUUUUGGGUAUGAGAAAUGGAUUUCAGUUUGACGUUGUGGGAAGAUUUAAAGUUAAAAAUCGAUCAUGUCAACUAACAACAAUUAGAGAUUUCGCGUUUUUGAAUCUCGUUUACAAUACUAUAACCUCGACUAAUCUUAAGGAAAAGAUAUCAGAAUAUCAAGACCUUCUAAAUCGUUUUGAAAGGUUUACCCUACAUGCUUCACAAAUUGAAUUUAUUGAAAGUAAUCUUCUGAAGACAAAACCAAAGGAAUAUGAAAAACGUAUUUUCUUAUGUCUUGUUUUGGGACGUUAUCUUGAUUGGAGACAACAAGAAUCUCUUGGGCGACUUAAAUUGCCAAAAAAUAGAUUUCCUCUAGCUCAAAUUAUUGACACUUUAGAAAAUUUUCAACCGGACACAUUUCCUGAAGAAUAUUAUUUGUUUUUAAGCAUUACGAUGACAGCUGUUAUUCAGUUAAAUGUAGACAAUAGAUCUUUUGAUUGGUUAAAACUGUUUGAGAUUGCAAGUAUUAUCGAUCCGAGUUUUACCUUUAUUGAAGCAAUUCAAGACCUUCGUUAUAACAAUAUUGAUGAUCUUGUUAAGAAUUUCCUAAAGGAAUUUAUCAAACACGCUAAGCCUGUUGUAAAUCAAAUUAAAGACUUGAAAAUUUAUUCUAAUAUCGGGAGGUGGUUAUUUUCCAAUUGCAAUUCCUUCGAAACCCUUCUUUUUGUUUGGACGGAUGUUAUCGAUCAUACGAAAGAUCGGGAUAUUCAUCUUCUUAGACACUUUCGUCCUCGCGUCGAGCAACUCGUUUCAUUACCUCGCGCGACACUUUUAGCAAAACAAUUUUCACUAAUCCCCGCGGAACUUUGUGUAGAAGUUGCAGUAAUAUUUAAAGUGAAAGCUUUGUUAUUGCUUAAAAAUCGUAGUAUCGAAUGGGAUAAAAAGAACUCGGAAGCAAUUCUUCAAAUUCUCAAGGAUUCUCAACUCAAUUGGUCCAAAGAAGAAUUUUUAGAAGCCAUGGACUAUGUUUCUGAAUCAUCAAAGCAUUAUUUACUUGUCACCUUUCCAUCUCUAUUGAGCUAUUGGUUUGAUUCCAAAUUUAAAACUUUGAUAACAAAUAAGCUUCCCGAGAUUUGUAGAAACUGGUAUUACCAUUUAAUCGAGCGUAUCAAUGGAUCUGAUUUACGUGAUUCCAAUGAUUCCAAGUUCAUCUAUGCAAUUUAUAAGAAUUUGUCUGAUAUCUUCCCGAUAGUUGGAAAGUACGCAAAGAUCUUUAAUGAUAUGUUGGAAGUUACAGUUAAUCAUGUCAGGAAUUGUGCUGUAUCUGAUAUAUUGAGCGUCACACCAAAUAUUGCAACUUUGGAAAAAGAAAUUUCUGUAUCAUAUGGAGGAAUGGUCAAGGCAAUGUUAUGGAAAUCUGUGCACAAAAUAGAUAAUAACUUGAUAAAAAUUUUGUUACAAGUAUGCGGCUGUGAUAACGAAAUUCUAGAUAUACCAAGCGCCUUAAGUGAAGAUAUCGUGUGUAGUGUGAUGACGAAUUUAGAGGCCAAAGAUGACAUAGUUAAUAAUCAAACAAAGUUAUCAACCACAAUCUUAAAUUUACUUAAAACUUUUCGAUUUUGGAGAUUAAUUUUCAACGCAACAGGUCGCGUUGAAAAGUUAUAUUCACACCCUUACGUUAAGCAAGUUCAAAGAUACAUUUAUGAUUUUGCCAAGAUAAUUAAUGGAGAGGAAAUAACGAUACGUUCACUAAACGAGAUCCUUAAAUAUGAUACUGACACCUUGCAUCAAUUUUUUAAUUUUUCAAUGAACAACAAGGAGAUCAUCAGCAAAGAUUUGAUCAAAAAACAUCGAAAAGAUUGUCAUGGAUAUUUGUUGAAAAUGGAUCAAUUAAGAACAUUUUAUGAUCGUUUUUGCCCAAUCGAUAAAGUUAAAGAUGUUCAAAAGUUUCUCGACGAUAUCAACAAUCGUAACAAUAACUUGGAGUAUCUUGCGCUUAAAGUUGCCUUAUCUGAUAAUCAUUGGGGGGUCCACAAGAAAAACAUGAAUAGCUCUAGACGUGCACAUAGGAUAGCGAAUUCGUGUACGUUCCGCAAUAUUUUUGAUAUUAGGAUGAAAUCAGAAGAAGUUGAUUUGACUGUUGAAAAUGUAGCGCAAAUCUUGAUGCCAGCGGUAUUUGAACAAUAUGAUCAAUUAUGUCGUCAAUAUAAAGAGUGGGAGAAACUCAAAUGUUCAGAAGGAAGUGAUCUUUGGAAGAAUGUCAAAAAUGUCGAAAAGGAAUUAAGUAUGAUGGAUAUUCAAACGGAAAAAACUCAAAUAUUAAUUAACACGCUCGCAUAUCUUGCUUCGGUUCCAACACAAAUUGAGAGACUUCAGCAAUUAACUACCGUUGUAAUAAUGUUUAAGGUCACUCAUACUCAAAAUGAUUGGCUUGGGAGAUUACAACUAAUUCUUCGUGGUGAUUACCUCUGGUUAGGAAGAUUGGUCAGCUUCUUUGAGUUUUUUAAUCAACAUCUUGGAUCAAUUGAAAAAGAUUGUUGGGACCUGAUUAGAGAACUUUCACUAGCCGGUGAAUUCAUUGUUUUUCUUCAAAAAAUUGCUGAACAUGAUAUUAAAAAUUUGAUUAAUGGAGUAGACGAAUCAUCAGAUGAACGACUUAUACAAGAAGAUACGGUUUCUUCUCUUAUCCAAGUCAAACAAUUUUUGCUUCCCUUACUAAAGUCGGCAGAAAAAUUAUCACUUGAUGAAUUUUUGGAUAAAAUCAACUCUAUAACUCUGCAGAGUUCAAAGCUUGGAAACAAAGUAGCACUUUGUAAUAGUCACAAUAUGGCGUUACAAAACUUGUAUAAUUCUAUUCAAAAUAAAGGAGAAGUUACAAAAGAAAAAAUUAGAAACGCGGUCCGGAAAGGGACUUAUACCUUUGAACGUGAUUAUAAGGGAGAUACGUGUAAAGUUACCUUAUCUUAUCCAGUGGUUGCUGGACUUGUAAAAUAUACAUUGACUGAUUUGCACGAUUUACGAGGACGCGCGCUUCUAAUUUCAAAACCUUCGGCGCCUGUUGAUAUUGGAUCUAGUAACGCUCCGUGGGCAGGCGAAGAAGAAAUUUCCAAACCUAUUAUGGAUAAAUUCGUUACUCAAGUUGAUAUGGCACAAGAAAUUAUUAAUUUUGCUACGAAGCUCAUUCAAACAGGUCAUUUUCAUUAUCGUGCAUUUAAUCGAAAACUUAGUGGUGUUGAAAAGAUGCAACAAACAGUUCUUAACUUAAAAGAAGACUUAAAAGAAUGGGAAAAAAUCGUGAAUGCAGCACAAGAAGACUAUUAUUAUUUAACCUUUUAUCCGGCUCGGCAUAUUUUGACAUUCCUUGAUUAUUUUAGCGUUGGAGAAAAGUCGAACGAUAAUAUUGAAGAAUGUGAAAAAUUAAUCCGAUUUGUCAAUAGUAAAGCUAAAUUGCCUCCAAAAGAUAAAGUUACAAUUAAUUUAAAUAAAAAUUACGAGCAAAUUCUUGGGGAGAUCGGAACAAAUUUACGAGAAAUAUUUGGAAAGGUUCCUAAAGAGACAAAUAAAGUCAGGAUUAUUAAAGAGCGCGUAGUUUCAGAUAUAGUUUAUCCCGGAAAAUUAUUUGUCGCUGCAUGUGAUGAUAAAACCCUUGUUCCAAACAUUAUCAUGUCAUUAUAUGCGAAUCACGGAUACUACCCUCUACCAUGGCAAACAUUAAUAUGUACGAUUUCUACAACUAUGGAAGAACUUGCAAGUUUUGUUAAAAGGUGUUUCUUUGCACAUAAUAAUGGAUACACGGGGAAUUUGUUCUGUCUCGCUAAUUUAGAAUUAUUAGAUUUUGAAUUACAAUUUAAUCUAGUAAACCUCAUUAAGUCUAUGCGCAAAAGGCAUGAACAGUUUCAAUUGGCCUUGAUCUGUUACCGUGAACCUGACGUUCAUCAUCAUAUUUUAGAUCAAUUCUCACAAGAUGUUCACGCAACAAACGGAUUAAGCGGAGAGGCGAUGAAAAUGAUUUACCGUGAAUUAUGUCCAAAAGCUAUGACCGUUUCUUCGGAUCUAUCGGGACAGGGUAAAACCGAAAGGAUUAAACAAUAUAGUUUUUCAAAUAGAUUAAUUCCAAGCAGUUUCCUUAUUAGCGACAAAGUUAAUUUUGGAACGUUGGUUCAUAAAUUUAAAGAAUUUAAGAUGCGAUCUUUUGAAUGUUUACAUUUAAAUAUUGUAUCAGCUAACGAGGCUGAAGAUGCCAAUACGAUUAAUAUGUUCUUAUUUGAACUUAUAACUUUAGGAAUUGUAUUUUCUAAUAUGGAUGUAGCGAUCCUUCCAAAUACGUUUAUAUACAUUGAAGUGGCUUCUACGAUGGGACAACGUUUAUUUGAAUCUAUACCGAUGGUGGGAUAUCUUACUCAUAUCCCUUUAACUUGGGACAUAAGAGAUUUGGUGGUUUCUCAAGAGAUAAGUAGCCCAAUUCAAGUUGUUUGUCAUUACUUAAAAGCACUUAGUGAACAAGCGGCAAUAAAUGAAAGAGAUAUUUAUUUUAAGACCGGGGAAGGAAGUUCAGAUUUAAAACCAUUGCCUGAUAAUGUAUGUAGAAAGUUAAUUGAAGAUUAUCUUUUCAUAAAAAAUAAAAAGGGGGCAAAUGAAACAAAAGAUAUUUUAUCAUUUCGAUUCAUUGAAAUCUUUGUUAACGUAUUCGCCGAUCAAUUGGUUAGACUGUCAUCAAGUUCAUAUUUUCGUGUUGAAAAUUUAAAGCUCAUGGUGGAAGAACAAAAAAUUCGUAGUACGCUUGUUCAAACUUUAUUAAGUGUAUCAAAAGAUUUCGCUACCAAAUCUAUCGCGACCAAAAGAGCACAGAAAGGAAAUAUUUCGAUUAAAGAAAAUGAUAUCCUUGAUGUGAAUGCACUACUCGGAACUAUAGAACAAUGGGAUGAUUCGAAUCAUUUAUUGGUCUUUUUCUUAUCACAAACUCCGGAUUCAAUCUGUGCAUUAUAUAGGGAUAGGUCAAGAGUACCUCAAAAUGUCAAAACCCUAUUAAAAAGUCAAUAUAUCGGGGAUAAAGAUUCAUGGGAUUUGGAUGAUUAUCAUACGAAGGAUCCUAAACACUUAUUAUCCAUAUUAGAAAAUUUGGCUAGGAAGACCAUGCAUAAAAUCGUUUAUCCACCAUACGCGCUUUCCGCCGAUAAUCUAAUUAAGAUGGCACUCAUUUUAUUAAGAGCUCGUGCCAGCAUCCCGGUAAUCGUUUGUGGUGAAGCCGGUUGCGGAAAGACAAGUUUGAUCGGUUACCUAUCUAAAGUGGUUGAAGUGGAAUUUCACGCUUUGAAUCUUCAUGCUGGAAUCUCGGAGGAAGUCAUUUUAAAGUUUAUGAAAGAUUCCCAAGAAAAAGUUGAAGAAGGGGAGGUUUGGUUAUUCUUUGACGAGAUUAAUACUUGUAAUCAUAUCGGAUUACUCGCUGACCUGAUUGCUCAUAGGAUGUUAAAUGGAAAACCUAUUCAUUGUAACAUAAGACUUUUUGCGGCAUGUAAUCCAUAUCGUAUGCGCACCAAGGCGGCGACUACAGCAGGAUUAUUAAAACCCACAGAUGUACGAUUUGAAGAGACAAGCAAACUUGUUUAUCAAGUUCAUCCGUUGCCUGAUCAAAUUCUAGAUUACGUUUGGGAUUACGGUACCCUUAAACCAAUUGAAGAAAGAAAAUAUAUUGAAAUUAUGGUGCAAGAACAAUUAAAAGAACUUGGGCACCUUGUAUUUUCCGACUGUUUAUUUGAAUCACAAGAAUUCAUCAGAAAAUGUGAAGAAUCUUAUAGCGUUAGUUUACGUGACGUUAAACGUGCUAUUACUCUCGUAAAAUUCUUUAAAAAGAGCUUUGAAGGUCGCCCUCCUAUCAAAAAGUAUGAUCAAAAACCUAAAAAAUAUCCACAACCUAGUGAUAUUUCAAUUAAUGUACGUUCCUGUGUUCUCGCAUUGGGAUUAUGUUAUCAAUCAAGAUUAUAUGAACAAAAGUUAAGAACAGAUUACAGAAAAAAGAUGGGAGAGGUUUUUAAAAAACAUAAGAUUAAUAUUAAUGAAGAUCGAUUUAGCAAAAUUUUACGGGAAGAACAAGAUGAUUACGUGGAUAGAAUGCAAUGUCCACCUAAUACGGCGAAGAAUGAAGCGUUGUUGGAGAAUGUUUUGGUCAUGAUCGUAUGCAUCCUGACCAAAAUCCCUUGUUUCAUUAUCGGAGCACCUGGCUCCUCAAAGUCUUUAGCCGUGAGACUUAUAAGUCAGAAUCUUCGAGGAUCGGAUUCAAAUGAUGAAUAUUUUAGAAAUCCGUUUAAUCCGUUAAAAGUAUUGCAUUCGUUACUUGAACCAAGUUAUCCAGAUACCGAACCAAAAGUUUCUUGUGUGGCCAUUUCAAAUUGGCGUUUAGAUAACAGUAAAAGUAGUAGAGCGUUAUUAGUUCAAAGGCCAAAAUUUGAAUUAGUUGAUUUAACAGAUACGGCAAAACGAUUACUUAUAAAGAGUGAAAAUUCUCAGAUAACAGAAGCAUCAUUAUUAUUAUUAGCACUGAUGGAUGAAAAUAAGUUAGAAAAGGCGGAUCCACCAUUAUUAAAUAGAUUUGAAAAACAAAGAAUGGUCAUGAGUGAUACAUUGACCUCGCAAGAAAAUGAAUUGGUGGAAGCACUUAAAGAAUGGACUGAAUUAAUUUCCACCAUAACGGACAAUAAUUUCAAUAUUAAUUUUAACCUGAGAAAAUUUAAACAAAAGGAUUUAUUCAUCGGAUUUGAUGAAAAUGAGACUUUACAAAGUUUGGUUAUCGAUAUUAAGAAAAGUUUUCCUGAUGAUGAUGAUGAGGAAGUUUUGUUUAAAUGCAAGGAAAAGUUGAUCAAAAUUGCUUCCUCCGACGGUAUGAUUAGAGCCGAAAGAUCGAGGUUAGGCGCGGGCAAAGUUAAACAAUGGAAAAAUAUUUAUUUCAAUCAACAACAUCAUGAUAGUUUAAUCGAUCAUAUUCAAUAUCGUCUCUACAAAUUUCAUGAGGAAAAUGCAAUGUUAAUAUUACAAUGUGACGUUACGAUCGUUAGUGCGGGGUGCAUUAAAUUGGCUAAAUUCUUAGUGGAACAAUAUCGUAAUGAGUAUUUACAAAAGAAGAAACGUCAAUUACAAUUGUUGCAACAAAAAAAUUCAUCAACCUCAAAUGGAAAACAAUCACAAGAGAAAUUCAUCAGUAACAUUGAAAAAAGUCCUAUUAUUAAGAAUUCUCCCAUCGCCAAUUUUCCCAAUAAAUAUUUUAAAGAUUUCAUUAACGUCAUAUUGACCAACGAAGCAAAUAAUAUCAAUGAAAAGAUGGAGAAGGGCAUCGAAGAAAAGUUAUUGAAAUUCAUUUUUGAAAGAAGGUUGGGUGUCGAAAAUGUGUUAAAUCCUAUUAGACUUCAUUCAUAUUGGUGGAAAAAUAGUUCUUCCAUUCUCGCCGAAUUGGCUUUGGCUAAAAUGAUCCCCGACAUCAUCAUACAAAUUGAGAAAGAAAAUGAUGAUAACUUAUUAUCCGAUGUUGAUUUUGAAAAAUAUCUUGUUGAACAGGUCAUACAAGAUCUUUUAUAUUGGAUCACCACCACGAAGGAUCGUGAGAGAUUAAAGAAUAGAUUCAUACUUGAAAAGUGGCAAUAUGAAGUGACAAAAGUGUUAUCAUUAUGUGAAAAGAUCAACGUGUCUUCUAAGUUAUAUUCACUACAAUUACUUCGAAUUUGUAAUGAUAUCUUGAUAAACAAAUCAAUCCCAUUAGAAAAUAUUAAACAGAUUAUUAAAUACGCUCAACAACAAAGGAUUGCUUCUGAUAUUGAAUUUCAAGAUGAUUUGAUUUCAAAAGAAUUUAUUAACAUAAGCUUCAAGGGAGUGGAAUCAGAAUGA